AUGGCAUCAUACCUGACCGGCAGCGAGGCCUUCACUCGCGAGAAGCAAGCCGCCGCUCAAGCAAACACAGCUCCUACCACAAACUGGGCCGACAAGUUCCGCGGGGCCACAAUCGAAGAUCUCGAUCCUCCCCCCGCGCUCUCAAUCUCCUCACACGACCCAAUCGCCACAGCUAUUAUGGCUGCCUACGAACGCGACUACACCCACCUUACUGUCAUCUCCUCCACCAAGCGCUCCCUACUGGGAUACCUUAGCAUCCCACGUCUAAAGGAGCUUCUACAGAGUGGGGCUGUGAAGGAUUCGGACUCGGUUUCCGCAGCCAUGCAGCGCUUCAACCGCAAGCGCGGCACCUAUCAGACCAUCACGAUGGAGACUCCGCUUGAGGAGCUGCGGAAAUUCUUCGACGGCGAGACCCAUCCCAAUGGCGAGAAGCAGCAGUUUGCCGUUGUCACGGACCAGCAGCGCAAGUUCGUGCUGGGCGUGGCUACUAAGGAAGAUUUGGAGGAGUUCGUUAAGCGCAGACCUACUUGA